AUGAGAGUCUCAACAACAACUCUUAGGGCUGGCCGAUUGGCCCAGUCCUUUUCACCUUCUUUCAGACAAACUCCAGCCGUGGUGCGAAUCAGCAGCCGAGCCAACAGCACCGCCGUCGACUCUCCCGUCAACUUUGGAGCUGCCCCUCCCCCUCCCCCGCAGCAGCAGAAAUCGGGCCUGGAUGGCAAGAAGCUGGUGGCAGACGCUGUGGCAGCAACGCAGCCGCGCAACAACUGGACCAAGGAGGAGAUUUCGGCCAUUUACUACCAGCCUCUGCUGGAACUGGCCUACCAGGCCGGAUCGCUCCAUCGCCGCUUCCACAGCCCCGGCGAGGUCCAGCUAUGCACGCUGAUGAACAUCAAGACGGGCGGCUGCUCCGAGGACUGCUCGUACUGCGCCCAAUCAUCGCGAUACUCCAAGGACACGGGCCUCGAGGCUAAGAAGAUGGAGUCGGUCGAGUCUGUGCUGGAGGCCGCGCGCCAGGCUCGAGCCAACGGCAGCACGCGCUUCUGCAUGGGCGCGGCGUGGAGAGACAUGCGCGGCCGCAAGUCUGGCCUGAAGAACGUCGUCGAGAUGGUCAAGGGCGUCAAGGCCAUGGGCAUGGAGGCGUGUGUGACGCUGGGCAUGAUCGAUGCCGAGCAGGCGCGCCAGCUGAAGGACGCUGGACUGACUGCCUACAACCACAACGUCGACACCAGCCGCGAGUUCUACCCUUCCAUCAUCUCAACCCGCUCGUACGAUGAGCGUCUUACUACGCUGAGCCAUGUCCGCGAUGCUGGCAUCAACGUCUGCUCUGGCGGUAUCCUGGGUCUCGGUGAAUCAUCAGAGGACCGAGUUGGUCUGCUGCACACUGUUUCCACGCUCCCCAAGCACCCGGAGAGCUUCCCAGUCAACGCCCUUGUGCCGAUCAAGGGAACUCCAUUGGGUGAUCGCGAGCCCAUUGCCUUCACAAGCAUGCUGCGCACCAUUGCCACAGCACGUCUGCUGAUGCCUGCGACUAUUAUCCGUAUUGCUGCUGGCCGCAAGACCAUGUCGGAGGAGAAGCAGGCGCUCUGCUUCAUGGCUGGUGCCAACGCCAUCUUCACUGGUGAGAAGAUGUUGACGACGGAGUGCAAUGGCUGGGACGAGGACAGCGCCAUGUUUGGCCGAUGGGGGUUGGAGCCCAUGCAGAGCUUUGACAAGAAGCCGGUGGACCCCUCAAGCGCAUAG